CAUUUUAGUCCCUUCCUCUUUCUGUGCGUGUUUCCCGGAGGCAGUGGUGGCGAGAGAGGAAUGCAACGACUCCUCCUCCCUCCGACAAUCCAUGUGGAGAAUUCCGUCGAGUAGGCGAGUACAGUAGAAAGAGGCUGAAACCGAAACUCAAAAGUUUAACCGAUGGAGCAGUCAGUGCUUGACGGCAUAAUCAACCGUCUCCUCGAAGUUCGUGGGCGCCCCGGCAAGCAGGUUCAGCUCUCGGAGUCCGAGAUCCGCCAACUGUGCCUCGUUUCCAGAGACAUUUUCUUGCAACAACCUAACUUAUUGGACCUCCAAGCUCCCAUUAAGAUUUGCGGUGAUGUACAUGGCCAAUACUCCGAUCUUCUACGCCUUUUCGAGUACGGCGGAUUACCACCGGAAGCUAACUACUUGUUCUUGGGAGAUUACGUGGAUCGAGGCAAGCAGAGUUUAGAAACAAUUUGCCUUCUUCUUGCUUAUAAAAUUAAAUAUCCUGAGAAUUUCUUUCUGUUGAGGGGAAACCAUGAAUGUGCUUCUAUCAAUAGGAUAUAUGGUUUUUAUGACGAGUGUAAGAGGAGGUUCAAUGUCAGUUUAUGGAAGACUUUCACUGAAUGCUUCAAUUGCCUUCCCGUCGCCGCCCUUAUCGACGAGAAGAUUUUGUGUAUGCACGGCGGACUUUCUCCGGACCUGCAUAGUUUGGAUCAGAUCAGGAAUCUGCAGCGCCCUACUGAUGUGCCUGACACCGGUUUGCUUUGUGAUCUUCUUUGGUCCGACCCUAGCAAAGAUGUUCAAGGAUGGGGAAUGAAUGACAGGGGAGUUUCUUAUACCUUUGGUUCUGAUAAAGUCUCCGAGUUCCUCCAGAAACAUGAUCUUGAUCUUGUAUGCCGCGCUCACCAGGUUGUGGAGGACGGAUACGAGUUCUUUGCGAACCGACAGCUUGUGACAAUAUUUUCAGCUCCUAAUUAUUGUGGGGAGUUUGACAAUGCUGGUGCCAUGAUGAGUGUUGAUGAAACACUAAUGUGCUCGUUCCAAAUCUUAAAGCCGGCUGAUAGGAAGACAAAGCUCAAUUUUGGAAGUACGACCACUGCCAAGCCCGGAAACUCCCCGGCUGGAGUAAAGCAUGCCUUUCCUAACAUGUUCUGAAGUUGUUCUCGCCAUGACUUUGGUGAAAAAGAUUGCUGCCACAAGUGGUCUACAUUAUGAUGAACACCUAAUAGUUGCAAGAAAAGGGAAGUAAGAGAUAGUUUGGAUCCACACAUGGAUAUUUGGAAUUGUAAAAUCAAAGGGAAACACAUUCUGAAGUAUGUAAACCAUUGUUUUUAUAUUGGUACAAAUUUGCAUUUGAAGAUGGAGAACCAUAAUCUCCUUCCUUAUCUUCGUUGUACACUAAUGGUAUGUUUUCUAAAUUGUAAGCUUUUCAUUUUUCAAGAAUAGAUGGAUAAUAGCAGAAAACUAUUUGAAAAAUGCUUAUACGAUUGGCAUAUGGAUGCAGUAGAGGAAAACAGCUCUGCUAUUUGCUUUUUCGUGGGGCAAUAGAAGCAUAUUAAAGAGCAAUUGAGGAUCGUGUUGGUCAUCUGUUGUAUUCUGUUUA